CAUUGUUCUCCCAGUUUCCAGAAAUGGCCGCCAUUACCUGACCAACUCCACAGCCAGUCUGUGUGCGGCCUCUGGAGGAGUUACCAGAGCAGCCUUGUCACCUGUGGGAAGUGUCCCCUGUCCCCAAGGCAUGGCCCAGAGGCAGAACUAGCUGUGUCCUUCAGUCUUCGCUCGGAGGCGGCGGCUGGGCUGGGUCCCAGGGCACAAGAUGUGGUGGCUUCUAGUCCUGCUGGCACUGCUGCGCUGUCCAAGCUCCGAGGGGACAGAAAACUCUUUCACCAUCAACAGCGUGCACAUGGAUAGCCUGCCCAAAUGGACGGUGCCGAACGGGCAGAAUGUGACGCUGCAGUGCACGGUGGACAUCAGCACCACCGCCCCCGUCAGGCCUCAGCACCUCGUGCUCUUCUACAAGGAUGACGUGGUGCUGCACAACGUCUCCUCUUCCCAGAGCACCGAGAGCUUCUUCAUCUCCAAAGCUCGGGUCUUCAACGCAGGAACGUACAAGUGCACCGUGGUUCUGAAUAACAAGGAGAAAACCACGCGGGAGUACCCACUGGUGGUGCAAGGCGUGUCCAAUCCCCAGGUAACGCUGGAUAAGAAGGAGGUGAUAGAAGGCGGCGUGGUGGCCGUCAGCUGCUCUGUCCCUGAGGAAAAGCCACCCAUCUAUUUCACAAUUGAAAAACUUGAACUUGAUACAAAAUUUGUCAAGCAGAAAAGAGAGAAGACUUCUCAUGACCAGAAUUCUGUGACGCUGGACUUUGCAAUCGAGGAGCAGGAUAACGUUUUAGUGUUUCGUUGUCAAGCUAGCAUCAUGUCUGGAUCCCAUGUACAGACCUCAGAUACUGUCCGGAGUGAGCUGGUCACCGUGAGAGAAUCCUUCUCUACUCCCAAAUUCCACAUCAGCCCCGCUGGGCUGAUUACAGAAGGCGACCAGCUCCACAUCAAGUGCACCAUUCAGGUGACACAUCUGGCCCACGACUUCCCAGAAAUCAUCAUUCAGAAGGACAAGGAGAUCGUGAACACCACCCGACAGGGCAGCGAGGCCGUGUACUCGGUCAUGGCCCUGGUGGAGCACAACGGCAACUACACAUGCAAGGUGGAAUCGAGCCGCAUAUCCAAGGUCAGCAGCAUCCUGGUCAACAUCACAGAACUGUUUCCCAAGCCAAAGCUGGAGUCUUUGUCCACCUACCUCGACCAAGGAGAAAAGCUGAACUUGUCCUGCUCCAUCUUGGGAGGGCUUCCAGCCAUCUUCACCAUCCAGAAGGGAAACACCAAUGUAUCUUUGGAUCCGGAAUUCACCAAGAUCGCCACCAAGUGGGACAGUGGGACGUACUCCUGCACGGCUGCCAUUGGCAAGGUGGUCAAGAAAAGCAACAUAGUCCAGAUCAAAGUGUGCGAAAUGCUCUCCAAGCCCAGGAUUUUUCAUGAUACCAGGUCUGAGAUCAUCAAAGGGCAUAUCUUAAGAGUCAGUUGUCAGUCAGUAAAUGGAACGUUACCCAUUACUUACCGCCUUUUAAAAGCCUCGGAUACAUUCCAGACUUCUGAGAUGUACUCCAAUGAGCCUGCAGUCUUUAUGGAUAAGCCAGCCAAAGAUGCAACAUACCAAUGCACUGUGGAUAAUUGCCAUUCCCAUUCAGAAGUGGUCAGUGAAGUUCUGAAGGUCAAGGUGAUAGCCCCAGUGGACCACGUCAGACUUUCCAUCCUGAAGAGUGAGGAGGUGGAAUCUGGGAAGGAAAUGGUGCUUCGCUGCUCCGUCGAUGAAGGGACUGGUCCAAUCACGUACAGGUUUUACAAAGAAAAGGAAAACAUCCCCUUCCACCAAAUCAUCUCCAACGAGACUCAGGCAUUUUGGCGCAAGGCUCAGGCUAGCAAGGAGCAAGAGGGACAGUUCUAUUGUACGGCUUCCAACCGAGCCAGCCUCGCCCCAAAGAGCCCCCAAAGCAACACUCUGACAGUCAGAGUCUUUCUUGCCCCAUGGAAGAAAGGCCUCAUCGCAGUGGUUGUCAUUGGGGUGAUAAUUGCCACCUUGAUGAUUGGAGCCAAAUGCUACAUUUUGAAGAAAGCCAAAGCCAAGCAAGUGCCUGUGGAGAUGUCCAGGCCAGCAGUGCCACUGCUGAACUCCAACAAUGAGAAGAUGUCAGAGCCCAGUAUGGAAGCCAACAGCCAUUAUGCAGGGUAUGAUGAUGUUGGAAACCAUGCAAUGAAACCACUGAAUGAAAACAAAGACCCUCUGAGCUCUGACGUGGAGUACACUGAAGUGGAAGUGUCCUCGGUGGAGCCCCACCAAGCUCUGGGAAGGAAGGGCACAGAGACGGUGUACAGUGAGAUCCGGAAAGUCGACCCUAAUUUCAUGGAAAACAGAUAUUCAAGGACGGAAGGCUCCCUUGAUGGAAUUUAGGACGUCCAAGGCGGAUGCACAUCCCUGUCCACGUCUCAAGAAGAACAGAUGCUUCCUGUAUUCCAAGAGCUCCGUGCACUUAUGUAUGGGCCUGCCCUGCUCCCACCAAACAUAGCAAUUCCUCAGGCCAAACCACCAAUUCUUGGCUCUGUCCUGCCGUGUUCGGGUCAGGUUUGAAGAGAUGCAGAGGGGCCGUUGAGUUGCCCACAUGGCUUCCUUCCGAGCUGGGCGAGCUUUGCAAUGUGGAAUUGCCGAAGGAGGUGCUGGGUAUUCGGGCCACUGAGAUAUCUUGAAACUUGAAUAUUUUGUCUUGGACAGAGAUCGAGAAGUUUUUCCUGUGUUCUUCUGUACAGAAAUUGGUUUUGUUUUCUCGUUGAUCGCUCCGGUGAAUGGGCUGGUCUGGGAGCUAGUUUGUUUGUAUGUUUCUUUCUUUUUUUUUGUGGUCUUUGAAAGGCCUAGAGUUCUGGAUAGCCUCUUGUGCUUUGAAAACGCACAGUGUUGACCAGACAGCUUUACCCUGAGCCCCUCUGACCUCACCCAGUACAGAUAGGAAAAUAGCUGCUUGGAAAGCACUCCUUUGAAAUGCUGACAAAAGACAAGAUUCCUUGUUUUUCUUUUCUUUUCUUUUUAAAUUUCUCUGUUUUUGGU